UGUCAUCAACAUCAAUGUCAAAUUAAUAAAAGUAAACUAACCUGUAAUUAGAAAUAGAAAUUUCAUUGGAAAGUGCAAAUAUUUAGGAUUAUUGAAUUUAGUGAAAAGGUGAAAGUAAUGAGAUUUCAUGCAAUGGAGUUUAUGUUUGUUUAUUAAUUUGCUUCAUAUAUGAACGUAGUAUCUAAUAAAGAAAAACUUAUAACUCAAUAUAAGAGCAGAUUCACUGAUUUUUAUAAAAAUUUAAUACAUUGUGUUACAUCGGCAAGAAAUGGCUUCUCAGUGGGAAGAUUUUUACGCUACUCACUUACCACCAUCUGAUUUUGAAGACAACAGAUCAUUACUCAAAGAGUUCUGUGACAGACACAAUAAAUCAGGUCGAAGAAUUGUUCUUGUUACGUCUGGAGGCACUACUAUUCCUUUGGAACAUAACACAGUACGAUUUGUUGACAAUUUCAGUGCUGGCACGAGAGGUGCUGCAUCUGCAGAAUACUUUUUGGAACAUGAUUACUCCGUCAUAUUCCUUUACAGAGCCAAGUCUUUGGAACCCUUCACAAGACAUUUUAAUGGCCAAAAAUUCAUGGAUAUGUUAGUUCUACAAAACAGUGGUCCAAAUACAACCAUAUCAGUAAAACCUGAUAAUGUAGAUGUGCUCGCACCUGUACUUGAAAGCUACAAAACAGUUCAGGAAGGAGGGAGAAUUUUGUACAUCACUUUUACAACAUUAUCAGAUUACUUCUGGCUGCUUAGGGCAGCAUGUGAAUGUUUGACAAUAUUUGGCAACAGAGCCCUUUUAUACUUAGCGGCAGCUGUUUCUGAUUUUUAUAUUCCUUCAAGUGAAAUUCCUACUCAUAAAAUCCAGUCAGCUGCUGGAGUUCCGAAUAUUCAACUACAACUAGUGCCAAAAAUGUUAGCACCACUUGUUAGCCUGUGGGUACCACAUGCCUUUGUAGUUUCCUUCAAGUUGGAAACAGAUGAAAAUAUUUUGAUAAGGAAAGCCAGAGAGGCCUUGAAUAAAUAUAAGCAUAAGCUAGUGAUAGGUAAUAUGUUACAAUCAAGGAGGCAGAAAGUUGUGUUUGUCACCCAGGAGAAUAGUUAUGAGUUGGUCUUAACAAGAGAGCAAAUGUUAAAUGGUUUGGAGAUUGAAGAUUUAAUUGUCUCCAACUGCAUAGCAAGUCAUGAUCAGUUCGUAAGUUCCUGAAGACGGUGGAAGGAAUAUGUGUAUGUAGUAAGCUUUAAGAUGACCUGUUAGAUGGGAAUCAUUGUAACCUGUGGAGGAAGAAUUGGAAUAAUCAUAUCAGGGUAAAACUAUUUAUAACAUAAAAUGAAAAACAGAGGCAUUUAUUAUUGUACAAGUAUAUUGAUGAUGUUGUUCCUUAUGUGUGGAAAUAUAUCCCUUUUUUAUUGUA